AAUCUGUCACUAAUUGUUUUGGGGAUCGGCGUCGUCUUCUCCGUCGUUUUCCACGUGGGAACAAAAGAGAACAAUGGAGCAAGCGAGGAGUCGGAGGCAGAGGGCGAGCGGAGGCCACUGCUGCCGCGCUCCAACACCUUCUCGUCUCUCCUGCAGUGGAAAUGCUGGCUGCGACAGCCUUCUUUCUACCAGGUGGCCGUACUCUACAUGUCCACCAGGCUGAUCGUCAACCUGUCUCAGACGUACAUCUCCAUGUAUCUCAUCAACACUCUGGGGCUGCCAAAGAAGUUCAUAGCUACCAUCCCACUGGUGAUGUACGUGAGCGGCUUCCUGUCCUCCUUCAUCAUGAAGCCUGUCAGCAAACUCAUUGGGAAAUGUGUAAGUAAAGCAGGCCAGGUUUCUGAGAGCAGCACGAGGGGCUCUGAGGGACUCGCUGCUCUCCUCUCU